UAGACUUGCACUAGAUAAAACCUAAUUUAAAUAAAUUAUAUGGAAAAAGUUGUUCAUUAUGAGUACAAAUAAAGAUAUAGUUCAUUACGAUGAGUAUGACAGCAAUUUUAUCAACAAACUUUUGGGUGAAAUGAAAUGCAAGUUCAAUAAAUUGGACGAGUUAUCAACGAAAUCAAACGAUAAAUCAAAGAAUGUUCGUCCUGCGAUAGAAGAAGGGAAAACUAAGGAAGAGGCUAUGGAAAUAGAGGAUAUUCUAGGAUCGAAUGAACCCGACGCGGAGUCGCCGAGCAAAGGUAGCAAGAAAAGUUCUCCCAAUCGACGCUCUUACAGGCAAAGGAACAGCUCUUUGGACGAAAAAGUCGAUGUCGAGGACAAUCUCAAGCGGUCCUCCAGAAGGAGAAAUAAAAGGUCCGUUUUGCAGAACGCCAUCGACAGAAAGGAGAAGUCCUACAACGAAUCCUGCAGGCCCCAAAGGCUAUCGAGGCAGUUACGGCCCACCAAGAAGGUUCUGGAAAACAUAGCUCAAGCUAAAGAAGUCAAGAAAUUAAAAUCGAAGAACAUCGACAAGCCUUACAACAGCGAAAACCAAAGCACCAUUGAUGGAGACUCCAAAAAAAGUAAAACAAAAUGCCACAAAAACCAGAAAAGACUGAAGGCAAGCGAUAGCGAAAAGUCUCACUCCGAAGUCAGUUCCGAAGGGGAAUCGGAAGUGGAAGUCGUUAAAAGCGUAAGGAAGUCUCCAAGAUCUUCAAGCCAAAAUUUGAGUAGCCCAAAACCCCAAUUAGUCAUUGAAGCUGAAAAUGGGUCGCCGAUAUCGCAAGACAAUCCAGUACUCGCUGCACAGUUGUGCUUGUGCUCGGAAUCCACUAAUUUCUAUCAAGCCAACAUCAAUACAGAUAUAACACACUGCUCUGCGAUAGAUAACAUCGACGAGAGGCUCAUCGGUUGCAACAGGCAGGUGAAAAUAAAAGAUUCCCCGUUGUUACGACCGUCUCGGAGAAUCCCUUACAUGGGUUUGUGCGAGCUCCACCGAAACAGGCUAAAACAGCACAAUUGCUGUCCUACUUGUGGCAUAUUUUGCACUCAGGGCAAAUUUUCAGAAUGUGAAGCCAAACACCAAUAUCAUCAAAAAUGUCGUUUAUCCGUGGGUAAUACAGAGUGUUGUCCCCAUUGUGGCCUAACUACCCCUUCUAGAGAUAUCUUACUUAAAUUCAAGUGUUCAAAUGCCCCUGUUUUUCUUCCUGUCCAAAAAUCAGAACGUUUUAGCCGACACGCUAAAAUGACAUUUUCGAAAGCCUGUGACCAAAUUCGUAGUUCUACGCCUCUCUUGAUACCCCUAGAUUCCUUCCAAAAUCUCGACAAUGCUCUGACCAACGGAUCCGAUAUGAUCUUCGACGAAAACGACAUUUUGGAUGCAAUCAGAGAAGAAGACUUUGAAAAACUGACUUCUAUUAUAGCUUCGAAUUCGAUCGAUUUGCAAUUCAAAUUGGAGGAUUUCAACGACGGUAACCUUCUCCAUUACGCCUCGCACAAAGGCCUGUUGAGGAUUUGCCACAUUUUAAUCUCCAUGGGUUCGGAAAUUAACGAAAUAGAUAAGGAACAAAACACCCCGUUGAUGUUGGCUAUAAUAGCUCACAAAAUGGACGUCGUGCAAUAUUUAGUACACGUUGGUGCUAAUAUAGCUGUGAAGGGUACCGACGGUAUGACGGCUUUGCACGUCUCCGCGAAAUGCGGCAACCUGGACGCCUGCAGGAUUCUACUGGAGGCGAGCUCUUCCUUCAAAGACUUCAUCAAUUGCCGGGACGAUGGGGGCUGGACGCCCUUAGUGUGGGGAUGCGAGAACGGCUUCGCUGAAAUCGUCGAAUUUUUGCUAUCCAAAGGCGCCGAUCCGAAACUGAGAGACGUCGAACACAACGAAGCUUUACAUUGGGCGUCUUUCAGCGGCUGUUCUCAUAUAGUAGAAUUGCUUGUUAACAGGGGCGCUGAUGUUAAUACGGUGAACGCACACGGGGAAUCUCCCUUACAUAUCGCGGCCAGAGAGGACCGAUACAAUUGCGUAAUAGUAUUAUUAGCGAGAAGGGCUAACGUUUAUUUGGUAAACAAAAACAACGAAACCCCUUUGAAUUGUGUACCUGAGGACGGUGUGUGCUACAAUCCUAUAGCUUUAAAUAUGAGACUGCAAUCUCUAGUCGAUAGUGAAAACAAACCUUACAAAACCAUAUUAUCAGAGGAUAUAUCGAAAGGUCGGGAAUUAAAUCCCGUGCAGUGCGUUAACAACUUAGACGAAGAUCUUGAACCUAAAGACUACACUUACGUUACAAAAUGCUUCAUCUCGUCUGAAGGCGUUUGCAUAGAUACAACUCCGAAGUCGAUAAAAAAUUGCAAUUGCCAGGAACGUUGCUUCGGAGAUAACUGCCUCUGCGGCCAUUUAUCCAUAAAAUGCUGGUACGACGAAGACAGAAAACUGUCUGCUGAUUUCAAUUUUUUAGAUACUCCUAUAAUAUUUGAAUGUUCGGAUACAUGUACAUGCAAUGCUAUUACUUGUCGAAAUCGGGUAGUGCAAAGAGGAACGCAACAGAGAUUCCAAGUGUACAAGACUGAGAGGAAAGGUUGGAGCGUUCGAACGUUGAAACUUAUACCGAAGGGUUGUUUCGUUAGCGAAUACGUAGGAGAGAUAUUGACUGAUACGGAUGCCGAUCAACGAGAUGAUGAUAGCUUUCUGUUUGAUCUAGGCAACGAGGACGUGGAAAGGUUUUGCGUAGAUGCGCAUUAUUAUGGAAAUGUUACAAGAUUCAUUAAUCAUAGUUGUGCUCCUAAUUUACAUCCUAUAAAAGUAUUUACGGAUCAUCAAGAUCUGCGGUUUCCUAAAAUAGCUUUGUUUGCUCUGAAAGAUAUAGCGAAUGGAGAAGAACUGAGUUUUGAUUAUGGCGGUAAAUUUUGGCUGGCUAAAUACAAAACAUUCUCAUGCCAUUGUGGAUCUAACGAAUGUCGGUACUCGGAAGAAACCAUCGAGCAAUCAUUUGCGUAUUCAGAAUGUGUCGACGAAGAUAGUUUAUCCAGUUAAACAUUCCAAUACUUAUCUAUUUAAGUAUUAUUUAAUAUCCCUUUAAGAUCAUUCUUUCGAAAAUUAGUAAAUAAUGGAAUAAUUUACUUAAACAAUUUUAUGUGUUCUAGAGUAAUUUAAUUGUGUUCUUAAUUAUUUAUUGUAACGGUGCUAUAGCUUGUGUGAGAGUGGAGG